AUGUAAAAAUAAUGCUAUUGUGAAUAAAAUAACAUCUUAGAUAGUUUUAUCUGUUACGUUUGUCAUAAGAAUCAUCAUUGGCAGUGCUAUGAUUAUCAAAUAACAGAUAAAUAACCAUCGUAACUUCGAUGCCUCCAAUGCUCAUUAACUGCGAAUAAUCCCUAGAUGCAAUUCGAAACAUUUAUUAAGCUAAACAAUAAAUUUAAUGUUGCUAUAAUUAAGAAACCUGCCUAAUUACUAGAGAAGGUGUUCACAUUUGAAGUGAAUUAGUAUUAUGAAGAACUUAAGAAGAAAUCGAUAAUCCUUGCAAUAUUUUGUACUAAAACAAAAGAACCAAAAAAAUUGUAUGAGUGGCCAAGCAAAAAUGUGUAUGUUGAAUUGAACAACCAACAUCACAUAGCAUAUCAUAUAAACGAUUAUGGAUUUAUACCAUCCACUUGUAUCUAAUGGGGAGCAAAUACAAUAAAAGUGAAAGUUGGAGAAGAUGUAGAAAGCAAUUCUCUACUUGGUAUAGUAAUAGUUAAAAGUAUUAAAAUAUCUGAAUUAAAGAGUAAACUAAUAGAUGUGGGGAGAGAGAAAAUAAUAGACUCCAUUAUUACUUAAUAAAAGUAAUAAUAUCAAGAUAAGAUUAAAUCAUUGUCAUUGGUUGAUGACACUCUUUAGGAUUCAUUGUUUUCAGUAAAAUUAAUUGAUGGAAUUACGAUGUAGUAACUGGAGAUUCCAGUUCGAGGGAAAUAGUGCUUACAUUUUGAUUGUUUUGAAUUGAAUGCCUAUUUGACAAUGAAUGAAAAGCCGAAUGAGAAUAGAUGGAAAUGCCCAAUCUGCAAUCAACUGGUGCCGUAUGAUUAAUUGUAAGUGGACUUUGUAUUGAUUGACAUUCUACAUGAAAUCAAGUGUGAUCAUCCAAAAAUAUUCCAUAAAUUGUAGAGAGUGCAAUUGAACCAAUAUUUGGAGUAUAAGAUUGAUGAGAAGUACAUAGAGGAGGAGACAUAAAUCAAGAGGAUAUUGAUGAACUCUUAGACGUUAUCGUAGACUGUUAAAAUUAAUGAUGUAAUUUUGGAAAAGGCAACUGAUUCUGUGGUCAAAUUCAUACAAGAAUUCCAGAGGAAGGACAAUUACUCGAGUUCUCUUAUAACAUUUAAAUCUGCCAGAAAGUUGUUAAAGAAAUUUCAUAAAAAAGAACUUUUUAAAAAUUUAGAAACUAAUUAAAUCCAAUUGUCCAAAUUUUUUAUUGAUAUGUUUGACUUGUCCAAUUACUACCAAGCCUACAUUUUUGAAGAUUAAAUUGAACUGUAAUACUACGAGUCUUUAUAAGAUUUUGAAUUAAUAUGCAAAACUAUAUAUUAAUAAACUGUAAGUGGACUGUUCAUUUACUAUAUUAAAUUAUUUCAUCCCACAGUUUAGAGAAUGACUCAAUCAAUGGCAAUAUUAUGUACUUAAUUGAAUGUUAAACCUGCCGUUAUUCAUUCCAAAAAGAUGCUGGAACUCAUUUUAGCCACUGCUUAUGACAAAGAAUAAAAAACAUCUUUAGGUUACAAUUUCAAAUAAAUCUGUUGUAUGAGCAAAAUGAGAAGAGACGAGUAUUACAGUAACGUUUUGUAUUUAUCGUAAAUUUUGAGCUUUGUAUUUUACAACACCGAAAUCAGUAGUUUCUUUAUUGUAAGGAAUUGCAUCAACCUGAGCAAUAUUUUUGAUUUGUUUUAUUUUUAAGACAAAGGGAAAGAGGAUAGUCAGUUGGAUGAUUAUUAAUUGACCAUUAAAUUGAUCAAGGAAGUUUAUAGUUUGAAGAUUAUUAAGGAGAACCCCAAUAUAUUGGACAUCUUGAGGCUCAUUUUGUAUUUAUUAACCAAAAGGGAUCGCAAAUUUGAAAACGUCUUGGAUUCAUUCAAAGAAUACAACUUGGGGGAUGUCAAGAAUAAAUUCAAAAAUAUGGAAUUCAAUGGAGAAUACUAUUAUUUAUGA